AUGCAGCUCUCUUCCAGUGUGGCUGAACUCAGCUGUGACGAGACGAUGGACCCACCCGCUGAGGACUUCCAGCAGGUCCUGUCCAUUGACCAAAUCCGCUCCAUCCGUGCCAGCAACAACUACGUGGAGAGACCGGCUGUCUGCUUCCAGCAAACCCGCUCCAACCCAUCCCUGUCCCAGCCACCGCACAAGCAAGAGUGGUCCCAGGACCGCCUGGUGUCUUCCACCUUCCAGGACCUCCACCGCAGCCACAGCCAACAGCACCAGAUGCCACCUUUGCAGCAACACAUGAGCCAUUCCAGCACGGCCAGUUCCGUCUCCCAAAGCACCACCGCCUCCGACCAGCGCCUCCUGAGCAGCCUCACACCUUCCCACUCCGGUCAUUCCCUCAUCCGGACACAACCCCGAGCUGGUGGUGAGCUGAAAGCGGAGGAAUCACCGUUGAAAGGGGUGGUGGACAAGCCCACCCUCCACACCGGCCACCUCUUCAUCUGUGAGGAGUGUGGGCGAUGCAAGUGUGCCCGCUGCACGGCCGCCCGCAGCCUGCCCUCCUGCUGGCUCUGCAACCAGCGCUGCCUCUGCUCCCCCGAGAGCCUCCUCGACUACGGGACUUGCCUCUGCUGCGUCAAGGGUCUCUUCUACCACUGCUCCACCGACGACGAGGACACCUGCGCCGAUGACCCUUGCUCCUGCGGGCCGGGGUCCUGCUGUGCCCGUUGGGCUGCCAUGAGCUUCCUCUCUCUCCUCAUGCCCUGCCUCUGCUGCUAUUUUCCUACCUUGGGGUGCCUCAAACUUUGCCAGCGGGGUUAUGAUGGCCUGAAACGCCCCGGCUGCCGCUGCCAGAACCACCCCAAUACCGUCUGCAGAAAGAUCUCCUCCUCCAGCGGCACGCCUUUCCCCAAGACGCUGGAUAAGCCGGUAUGA